CUUCGAUCUGAGUAAACUACCACCCUUGACUACUGCUCGAUCACUACUGGAUGUGUUUCGAGCCUGCAUUCGGUCCUUCGAACAUCCUCCACGUGUGACGCUUCGUCCCUCCACAUCUUCCUCUCGGUCUAGGUCUCAGUCCUUGACCCGAGCCAGGAAGCGAAACUUUGUCCCAAUGGAUCGUAUCCUGACGCGGUGCCCAGCUUGUUCAAGGCACUCUGCUUGACCCAGAUCGUGGUCGCCAUGAUCCAGUAUCCCUACCUCAAUUCGCCAUGGAAGAACCUGCCCGCAAGGCACUCAGACAUGUACAACGUUUAGAAAAUGACCUCUCCCACAACUUGUCUCGCAAAGACCCUGUCUACCCCUCCUUCGAGCCCAAGUUGGCAGAAUUGCGAUCUGCAUGUCAGGACUUCAUCUUUCUGGACAUUACACAGGCCGGAAGUGAAAGAAUUGAAGUCCGUCUCUGGGACUUGCAUGCAAGGGUCAAUCAGAAAUUCAAACCUUUCCUCACCCAAUUCAAAGACGAACAAGGCAAGAAGAGACAUGUGGAACGACGGAAAGCUGAAAAGCUAUAUCUCGACUUCCUCAAGUCCAGCCAACGCUUUUAUCGUGGUUACAUUCAACGACUGGCUUCUCACUUUAAAGACAUUCCCGAGGUUCUUCAAGUGGCAAAGAAGUUCAAUCUUGACACAUUAACCGCAGAUCCUCUUGUUCAGGUCGAUGAUUCGCUCAAAAAGCAUAUCGUCCAUUCCUGUUACUUGAGUCUCGUCCAGCUUGGUGAUCUGUCCCGUUAUAGGGAGUCAGAAAUCCCCAAGAAGACUCCCGACUGGGGUCCUGCGAAAGGGUAUUAUGAGCUUGCCAUAGCCCUUGACCCUACUUGGGGCACCUCCUACAACCAACUGGCUGUCAUCGCUCUCAAGGAUCAAGACCACCUUCGAGCGGUCUACUAUCUUUAUCGGUCCAUCUCUGUCGAGAAUCCUUUCCCUCAGGCUCCGAAUAACCUUGAACUCGAAUUUAAAAAGAUCAGAGCCCGGGCUUUGCAAGGCAAACCUAUCUCGCCAAACAACACGGAGAAAGAUGGCACACUUUGUGAUCUGUUUCUUGUUUUUCACGCUUCUUGUGCAGACAUCACCUUCGUCAGCGAUGAAGUCCAGCUGGAUGAAAUGUUACGGAGACUCGGAGAUCACUUGAAGGACAAGCCGUCGGAUUCCAACACUCGAAAGCUUUGCUUGAUAAACAUUGCUGCUGAAGAGGUUGUGGCUCAGAAGAUUCGUGCUGGCAGCACGGAAAUUCAACCGUUUCGUAAUUUGCAACAGCUCAACGUCGGCACCUUUUUCUUACUUUUACGGCUCUUACUCGCUGAACUCCAUGCUACAAGACGUGCCGAGAAGCUUUCCUCAUCAUCUCCACAAUCUGUCGAGUUCACGGCACUCACGCGUCGAAUCCUUCCGCACCUUCGCCUCUACAGCAGCUGGCUCUUAAGUACCACCGAACUGCUCAUGGCGCGCACCGAACUACAACUUCAAAUGAGAACAUUCUGGCAUAUCUAUGCCGAAACACUCAGCAUGUUGGUUGCCAUUUUUCCAAUCAUUGACAUUGUCGAGGUUCCAUACUUGCUGAGUGAGGACGCCGAUACGAUUGGGUUCUCUCCUUUUAUCGAUUUAGUCCGAAAACAACAUAUGUUCAACUCUAAGGACAUGCUCAAACCUGUCUACAAUGAGGAGAUUUUUGGCCCACGGAGUGUGGACGAUGAGAUGCUCUCUCGUGUCAAGAGUCUGGUCAAAGAUGGAAUUCUCCUCUGCCGGCACCAGGAACAAUUUGGGAGCAUAUCAGUGCCGUUGCAAUUUGCAGGAAAUCGUUUUGUGGCUCUUGAUAUUGAACCCAUUCAAGACGUCCAUCCUGUACCCGUUCAUGAUCUUCACUCGACGUCCAUACACGGCGUAAAUCCCGACAAUGUCGACUUGGGGAGAGUUAAACAGAGGCUUUCACAAGAUGUUCCUCCACAAGCCGACAACAUCUCGGAAGCUGGCGUGACCGAAUCUGCAACAUCAACAAUGGAGAAUAUGGUCAAUGAUCUCACACACCCCGAGCCCGCACAACGUGCUGGGUUUCGCAGUAUGGUGCCUGAUCAACCAUUGACUCCUACCUUGAAAACUCCAACGGCGUCAUCCUUUUCCGAUCGCGCGCUGCCGCAUCUUCAAGGCUCUAGUUUCACCGCUCGAGAUCUUGUACAACAACUUCAUCAGGGACCUACAAGCCCAUUUAUUCCACCUGACGCGGUUGGAAGUCGGCCGAACUUGCCUAGCAUAUACAACUCACCUUUUGCACCUCUCCCGGGUGAGACGCCUGGAUCAUCGCCUCGGCCGAGUACAGUUACAUUUCCAACGCCGUUUACGACCAAUUCCCAAGCGCAGUUUCGCCUCAAUCUUGCACAACAGGAGCAACAAUUGCAAGAUAGGUCAUCACCCGCAGAGUUGCUCCAAGCGACAUUGUCAAGCCACUAUUCGGAGACACCAGCACAUCUAAAAAUAUGGGGACCUCGAUUGGAGCAGUCGCAACUUUCGUCAUCACCUUUUGCAGUACAGUCAUUCUCCCCUUCGGUUCACGGAGAGAUUAUUUCACGCCAGGCUCCACAAAGAGCUUCGUUCGGAGCCAUUGGGGAAUCUCGACCUAGGAGUAGCGGCGCCCCUACCAGUGGACAGGCAGGAUGAGACUAUGACUUUGCUGUUGUUAGCUCCCAAGCCUUUACUUGGGAUGAGGGCAGGGUCUGGCUCGAGUCCACGGUCCCGCAGUCCCUGAUUUGGCAGAGCGCCGCGUGAGUCUCGAUCAUGUACCAGGCCAUCUUCGACAAGGGUUUCCAGCAUAUCAAUGCAGGUGGCAUUAUUUCGGGUUCGCGCGGAGCGAGGCUGCUCGUUCGCCCGAACUUGUGUUUUGUGCUAUAGCUUCGUUUAUCAUCGGACUUUGACCCGGUCCUGCCUUUUCUCCUCGCCUGAGGCGCCAACUCUACCACAGAUGGUGAUCUAUUUCGUUUAACAAGUCGUGGAGGACAUGGUAUCAUAAACCAGGAAUACAGCCUUGUUGAAUGAGGCUGAACGCGUUGAGGCGUCAGAAUUGCCAUACCAAACUGUGGUUGGCAGGCAGCAUAGCAGUGGCAUCAUGCCACUUUCCUGGUACGGCAAUCUGGCGAAUGACCUGAAGCCCUGCACUCUAAUAGUUGAUGCGAUGACCCUCCAUACAUUGGAUAAUUGAUCAUGCCUUGUAGGUCUGCUUGGGGUAUGGGUAUCUGAGAGAAUGUCAUUAGCAUUAGAAGACAAGAAGUAUGAGGAAGGGUAAUGAGGGAGGCGUACGAGGGACCAAGCUCCUGCAAACCCAGACGAGCCAGCCAAUGACCCUUCUUGAUAGCCACUUCGAGAGAAUCACCCUCAACAAUACCAGCGGCAAAGCCUCCAGCGAAGGCAUCACCAGCUCCAUUGGUAUCGUUGAUCAAAGAGGCCUCGAUCGCCGCAACAGGGAAUUCCUUAAUCUCAGCAUCCUUACCCUCCUCCUUGAUCGCCACAAUUGUAGGUUCCGUGCCUUGGGUAAUGAUCACAACUCUGGGUCUCUUGGUGUUAACCUUAGGCUGUUCCACCAUCAACUUGGCCGCCUCGGGAAUACUGAUAUCCUUAUGUCCGGCAGUCUCAGCCCAGGUCUUGGCCUCAUUCUCAUUUCCAAAGAUAUAAUCACAGUACGGCACGAC